AUGAUAACUAUUCGGAGUUUAAGUGGGUUCAACAAACGCUUAGAGGCCGCGGAAAAUAAACUAAUUGUUCUGGAGUUUUUUGCCACAUGGUCCACCCCGUGCAAAGACAUUAAUGAGGCAGUAAAAGCACUCGCCCGCCAAAAUGCCAGCAAGGCUGAAGUCAUUCAAAUUAAUGUUGACAAAUUUGAGGACUUGGUGGACACGUACAAGGUGCGCAGCAAGCCAACAUUUGUGUUCAUCAAGAACAAGCGCAAUAUAUACCGCGUAUUAGGAGCCGACGAGGAGAAACUGAAGCAUACCUUAUCCGAGCUCUGCAAAUAA